UGGUUGUGGCUUCUAGAAAAAGGGAGAAUUUGAUUUACUUCGUGCAUCAUGGACAGCUCGAGCAAGGCCACGCUGUUCAACGCGUUGGCGUGGGUGGACGCGCUCAAGUCGCGCGACGGCGUGAACUCCCAACAAGUGGACUCUGCUCUUACCAGCCUCACGUAAUUCCCACGCUUUAAUUCGCAGUACAAGCUGCAAAAAUCCAUUUCAAUCACUCAAUCGUCCCUAACUAUCAUCUAUCACAAUUCAGUGAAGCGUUCGGCGUGAACGUGCACGAUGCAGAACAGAAACGGCAGUUGGCAGUCAACGGCGAGGCCUCGUUUGACGAGAUCUUCGCUGCGGGACUCAAGGCACUGAAUCUGGAGACUGGAACGACAGGCGAGGCAAAGUCGAUGGCGGACGAAGACCCGGUCGUGAAGAAGCACCCGGAGCUGUGGAAGAAGUGGGUGGCCAAGCUGGAGAGCAAGGGCUUCUUCAAAGACGCUGCCCCUGGUUCCAGUGAACAUGCUACGCGUACGAACAAGGCAUUGGCUAAAUUUAAGGAGAAAUUCGGAGACGUCAAGCCGGAGUUGUCUAAAGAAGAGAAGGAAGCCAAGGCUGAGGAGGUGAAGGCGCAGGGUAACGCUGCGUUGAGUCGCCAAGACUACGAAGGCGCAGCUAAACUGUACCGUGAGACGCUGCAGCUGUCGUCGGACGGCCCGUCGUCCCACAUUUACCACUCGAAUUUGGCUGCUGCGUUGAUGUAUUUGGGCAAGUACACAGAGGUGAUCGACCACUGCGAGCAGUCGAUCGCUCUUAAACCGUCGUAUGUGAAGGCGUACUCUCGUAUGGGCAGCGCACAGGUGCAGCUCAAGGACUUUGACGGCGCAAUUGACACCUUCAGACGUGGGCUCGAAGUGGACAGCACGAACGCUGCGUGUCGUGACGGACUCGCAGAAGCUGAACGUAAACGUCGUCAGGUGCAGACGACGCCAGCGGCUUCAGCUCCUGCCGGUGGCGCUGGAGGCAUGCCAGACCUGUCGAACCUGGCCAGUAUGUUGGGCGGAGGCGGUGGCGGCCUUGCUGACCUCAUGAACAACCCGCAAAUGAUGCAGAUGGCCCAGAACAUGAUGCAGAAUCCUCAGAUGAUGCAGAUGGCGCAGAAUAUGAUGCAGAACCCCGACAUGCUCAACAACCUCAUGGGUGGACUCGGUGGCGCCGGUGGACCUGCUCCUGGUGCAGGAGCUGGUGGGAUGCCCGACAUGAGUGGCCUUAUGAACAGUCCUGAGCUCAUUGCAGCACGAUCGGACCCGGACUUGGCGGAUUUCUUCCGUGACGUGGACAACGAAGGACCGUCCGCUGCAACGCGUCACAUGUCGAACCCCAAGGUCUCGCAGCUCAUGCAGAACGUCAUGUCUCGGAUGCAAGGUUAGACAAGAAGGCAAUGCACUGCAAUUCGACCCUGUAAAGAGGACUAUAAAAUGCCAAGUAGUGAGUGAGUGGGGGCUUCAACUGUUCGAUUUAGUGGACCAGUAUGCAACAAUACACUACCGAGUGUGUGUUUUAGUGCUUGACGAACGUCUCGGUGUCCUCGAGGAACGCCAGAUACUCGCGUUGCUCCUUGAAAUCGGCGAAUUGCGUAAUGAACUGCGCCAACUCGUCGUCGAUGUUGCGCUCGGCCAGGAAGUUGUAAAAUUGGUCCUGCACGUCGAGUUCCAGGUCGAUGAAGUUGGGGCCAAAGUACAGCGUCUCGUCCUCGGCGUCCUUGGCGAAGUCCUUGAGGUAGCGCAAGCGCUCCACCGUGAGGUUGCUGCUGGCCACGCAGUCGAACUGCAUGCCCUUGUUGUCGCGCGUGAUGUCGGCUGUGAAACGGAUACCUGGGAGCUCGUCCUCCUCUUCCUCGUCUUCAUAAUCCUCGUCCAUCUCAGUGCUAUCUUCUCCCUCAUCAUCCUCAUAGUCCUCGUCUU